AUGUCGCCGCCAAACCCUUACGAAGCCGAUCCUCAAAAAAUCCCGCCGUCAGACCCCUACCGUGAGGAGCCCUUGUACGGCCGGUACCUCCCGGAGCCCACCGAUUUCACGCCUGACUCCCAGCACAUCAACUCGACCACCCCAGAUUCUCUUGCAGCUUCAAAGAGGCAGGCGCGUAACGUCUUGAAGGCGCUGUCGACCAUCAACGCGUCCGACUGCGGCGGACGCCCCGGCUACGUCGUGGCCGAUCCCGACCCGGUGGCCAACCGUGGUGUCCUACAGCUUGAGCGGGAGAUCCUGUCGGGUGGCGACGACGAUGUCCCCCAGAGCUCAUGUGUGCUGAUGCACAAUGACUUGUCGCAGUCGAAUCUGAUCGUCGAUCGAGGCAGGAUUCUCGCGGUGGUGGAUUGGGAGAUGGCGGGCUGGUUUAGCUGGGAGAAGGCGAGGGAGGUGCAUCGGCGCAGCCGGAGCCCGUCCGAAAAGUCGUAUGCUCAUCUGAACCUGCCACAGGAGGUUUUGGACGAUAUUUAUUUUUGGAAUGACUUGUACGGGUAG